CUAGCAUGUUUGUACCUAGGCUAUACAUAUAGCUUUACAUAGGACUUGAAAAGAGAAUGAGAGGGAUGUGUCUUAUUGAGUGUCUCUGUUGCUCUCUCUCUCUUUCUUAGAACUCCGAUUUAGUGUGUUGUGUUGUGUUGUGUUGCUAAAACUGCUUUGGUGUCCCCAUAAUAACAAAGAGAGCUAUAGUAUUUGAAAUGGAGUUGGGGUUUAGUUUGGUUUUGCUUGUGUGUGUUUUUGGUGUGGUGGCUCUGAGGUGGUUUCUUAAGGGUGUGAAUUUUUGGCUCUAUGAAGCCAAGUUGGGUGACAAGAGGUUCUCUCUGCCUCCAGGUGAUCUGGGUUGGCCUUUUAUUGGCAACAUGUUGUCUUUCCUCAGAGCUUUCAAGUCCACUGACCCUGAUUCCUUCACCGCCAACUAUGUUUCCAGAUUUGGACAUUGCGGUUUAUACAAGGUCUUCAUGUUUGGAAACCCUAGUAUCAUUGUUACAACAGCUGAAGCAAGCAAGAGAGUGCUAAACGACGAUGAACAUUUCAAGCCCGGUUGGCCUACCUCGACUGUGAAACUCUUUGGGAGAAAAUCAUUCAUUUCAAUAACCUAUGAGGAACACAAACGCAUGCGUCGGUUAACUGCAGCACCGAUCAAUGGUCAUGAGGCAUUGUCCAUUUACAUGACAUAUAUUGAAGAUAAUGUAAUAUCGGCAUUGGACAAAUGGGCUGACAUGGGACAGAUAGAGUUUUUAACCAAGCUUCGCCAGCUCACUUUUAGGAUAAUUAUGCACAUUUUUCUAAGCUCAGUAGGUGAGAAAGUAAUGGCGGCCUUGGAGAAGGAAUAUAGAGCACUUAAUUAUGGAGUUAGAGCCAUGGAAAUCAAUAUCCCAGGAUUUGCAUUCCAUAAAGCACUCAAGGCGCGAAAAAAUCUUGUGGCUAUUUUUCAAUCCAUAGUGGAUGAUCGAAGGGAGCAGAGAAAGAACAACGCACCAACACCGAAGAAAGAUAUGAUGGAUGCUAUGAUGGAUAUUGAAGACGAGAAUGGAAGAAGAUUGAGUGAUGAGGACAUCAUUGAUACUCUAGUGAUGUAUCUAAAUGCCGGUCAUGAAUCUUCCGGCCACAUUACAAUGUGGGCAACCCUCUUUCUACAGGAGCACCCGGAAGUAUUUCAAAGAGCUAAGGCAGAGCAAGAAGCAAUUGUUAGGAAUAGGCCACCUACACAGAAGGGGUUGACACUCAAGGAAGUACGACAAAUGGAGUAUCUCUCUAAGGUGAUUGAUGAAACACUUCGAGUGGUAACAUUCUCAAGUUUUGUCUUCCGAGUGGCAAAAGCAGAUGUCAAUAUAAGUGGUUAUACCAUUCCCAAGGGAUGGAAAGUUUUGAUUUGGUUUAGGGAUAUUCACCACGACCCUGAAACCUUCCCUAAUCCGAAGGAAUUUAAUCCUUCUAGAUGGGAUGGACUUACUCCCAAAGCAGGAUCUUUUGUUCCCUUUGGAGCAGGAACCAGGUUGUGCCCUGGAAAUGAGCUUGCGAAGCUAGAAAUUGCUAUUUUUCUACACUAUUUUCUUCUUGGUUACAAGCUUGAACGGUCUAACCCGGGUUGUCGUGUGAUGUACUUACCACAUCAAAGGCCUAAAGAUAAUUGCUUGGGGAGAAUAAGGAGAGUCUCUCAACUCUAAAUGUAUAUACAAGAAAAAUGCACUGGUUUUUUUUUCUUAUAAAUGUGUUCAAGUUUUAUCUUCUUCGCUUUAUUCUGGAGAAAAUAUGAAUUCUAGUAGGAUGAUCAAGAAAAAUAAUAAAAGUUGUUUGAUCUUGUGCUUCAUUUGUUUUAUGAGGAAAAUGAAAUCUGUUAAAA